AUGUUUCGUUCACUGUACACUAAAUCACCAUCUCCUAUUUUGAGACAUUUUUGUGAUUUAAGGACCCAUUUGCGAUUUCUUACAUCUACACCACUUACCAGAUCUUUCUCAUCGACAAUUAGUGCUGUUAAAGAACAACUGAAAAAUACCUCUUUUACAGUUUCCUACCUCAUAAAUUCAUGCGGAUUGUCACCACAAGCGGCUAUAUCUGCUUCCAAGAAAGUGCAAUUUUUAACUCCAGAAAGACCAGACUCUGUUCUUACACUGCUCAACAAACAUGGUUUCACUAAUUCCCAAAUGGCGAAAAUUGUUAAGAAUGACCCACGGAUUCUUUUAUAUGAUUCUGGAAAAUUAUUUCUUCCAAAAGUUUUCAAAUUUUUCUCUCUAUUGGAAUCACUGGCCCAACCCUGGCACAUUGCACAAUUCAUAUCUUCAAACCCACCACUACUAAGCACUAGCUUAAGGAAUCGAAUUAUUCCUGGUUAUGAAUUCCUCAUGAAUGCUUUGCUAUUUGAUGAUGACAUGGUCAUUAAAGCUAUGAGUAAUCAAUCAAGAAUUUUGCGACAGGAUGUUGAAAAGAUCAGUGCCCCUAAUUUAUUGUUCUUGAGACGAAUUGGAACGCCACAAUCUUUAAUCCGGCAGAUCUUGAUGCAUCAUCCUAGUGUGCUGUGCCGCAAAGCUGAUAAGUUCCUCGAUAAGAUCAAAGAGCUUAUUGAUAUGGGGUUCGCCCUACAGGAAUGA